AAUUAAAAAUGGAAAGAGCCGCAAAUCUAAUUUUAACAGCAGGAUCCGUACUUGUUGGAGGUGGAAUACUAUUUAAAUCAUUCUUUUAUACAGUAGAUGGAGGCUAAAGAGGAUUAAUAUUUGAUCGUUUCCAAGGAGUCAAGGAAACUGUCUAUGGGGAAGGAAUGCAUUUCUUCAUCCCUGUUAUUUAAGUAUAAAUCUCAGAAUAUAUGUUAGUCUCCAAUUGUCGCAGAGGUUAGAUUGUAACCCAAGACAGUGGCAUCUCAUACUGGUACAAAGGACUUGUAAACAGUGGAUAUUGCAAUCAGAAUGCUCCAUAAACCUAUUGAAUCCUAUUUGCCUGAGAUUUACAAGUAACAAUGUCUGUCUAAUAGAUUAGAACUAUUGGUUUGAAUUAUGAAGAGAAGAUUCUCCCAUCAAUUGCAAAUGAGGUCUUAAAGGCAGUAGUUGCUUAAUAUGAUGCGGAUCAAUUAAUCAAAAUGAGAGAGAAGAUCUCAUAGGAGAUUAAGGAAGGCUUGAUUGAAAGAGCCAAGGAGUUUAAGAUAGUAUUGGAUGAUGUGUCAAUCACUCAUUUAGGAUUUAUGAAGGAGUAUGCUUAGGCUAUUGAGGCAAAGCAAGUGGCAUAAUAAUUGGCUGAAAGAUAGAAGUUCAUUGUGUUGAGAGAUGAAGAAGAAAAGAAUGCCAAAGUCAUAUUGUCUGAAGGAGAAUCAGAGGCAGCCAGAUUGAUCAAUGAUGCAGUCAAAUAAUACGGAACAGGUAGAAAUAUAUAUUACAUUAAUAGCUUAAAUCGAGAUAAAGAAGUUAGAGACAGCUAAACAUAUUGCUGAGCAAUUAGCCAAGAGUCCAAAUAUUACAUGGGUGCCAACUGGAAAUGGAGUAUCAAAUUUGUUGAAUUUGAAGACUUUUUGAUAGAUUAUGAUCAUUAUUAUUUUUAAAGAGA